AUGUUAUCUCAAUCAUUUUUUCAUUUGUCAGAACAUAAGCAAUUGGUUUUAUCUUUAUUCAAACGUCUUUUAUUCUAUGCAAAGCGUCUUCCUGUUGAUUCUCAAGAAAUAUGUAUUCAUCUUAUUAAGGAUUAUUUUUCAACUAUGAAAACUAGUACGAAUUUAAAAAAAAACAUUGAUGGACUAAAAUAUGCUUAUAAAGCUGAACAAAUUCUUAAAGAAGCGGUGGUUUUAAAGAAUUCAGUACUAUUAAAAAAAUUGCAAAUGUAUUUAUCUGAAUAUAAAUCUGAACAAGUUAAAAAAAAAUUAUCCUUGAUAAAAUUAUCAAAAAGAAAAGACUAUUCUAGACUUUGUAUGAUUUUAACUAAACGUAUUCGUAGUUUUCAAAAUCUUCAAGAUCGUCUAACCAAACUUCAAGAUAUCUUAUUUCAUGCAAAACAUGAACAACAAUUUUAUAAAAGAUUAGGUAUAUCUGAACAAGGAUGGACAUCUGAACUUGAAACACAUAUUGGUGUAAUAAAUAUUCAACUAUCAUUACAAACUAUAAAAAAAAUGGUGUUGAAAGCUCAACUUAAGCGCUAA